CACAUACUAGCACCCACCACAAACACAGAGACAGAAGGAGAACCGGCUGCAAGGCAGACAGACGGACGCACGCAGUGACGGAGGGAAGCGCACACCACCAUGGGCUGCUGUAACAGGAGGUGCGGGCUGAUAGCCGGAGCUGUGUUUGGGGCGGUGGUAGCCAUCCUGGGUGGUGCCCUUAUCCCAGUGGGGAACAGCAUCAUUCAGGGGACAGUGGAGAAGGAAGCCGUCAUUGAGCCUGGAACGACAGCUUAUGACAACUGGGUUGCUGCAGGAGCAGGGGUGUACAGGCAGUUCUGGUUCUUUGACGUGCAAAACGCCCAGGAGAUUUUGCAGAACGGAUCAACUCCAGUGGUGGUGGAAAAAGGACCUUACACAUACAAGACAAGAUAUUUUGCCAAAGAGAACAUCACUUUUAACUCCAAUCAAACUGCCUCCUUCCUGCUGCCCGUGGGCGCCAUCUUUGAGCCAUCCAUGUCAGUGGGAUCGGAGGAGGACAAAGUCACCUCCCUCAACUUGGCUGUGGCUGCAGCUUACUCACUGGUUCCCAAAGUGCUUCAUUCUGUGCUGGAGAAACUGAUAAAGACAAGCAACUCCUCCUUGUUCCAGUACCGUACAGUCAACGAAUUGCUGUGGGGUUACAACGACCCCAUGUUGAAAGAAAAGCUGGGCCUAUUUUACCCUUACAAUGGCACAUAUGAAGGCAUCUUCAACGUCUACACUGGAAAGGAAGACAUCUCCAAAGUGGGAAUAAUUGACAGGUGGCGAGGAGAGAGGAGCCUUCGUUUCUGGGACGACAAGUACUGUGACAUGAUCAACGGGACAGAUGCAUCUUCAUUCGCUCCCUUUGUGGACAAGAAGACGCCGCUCUAUUUCUUCUCAUCAGACAUCUGCAGGUCUGUGUCAGCUAGCUUUGAGGAGAGCAUGGAUCUGAAAGGGAUUGAAGUGUAUCGCUUCACCCUCCAGCCAGACACCCUGGCCUCCCCAACGGUCAACCCAGAGAACAGCUGUUUCUGCAGAGACCCAAAGACCACCAAGAAUUGCACCCUGGCUGGAGUCCUGGACAUCAGCUCCUGUCAAGAUGGGAGACCCAUCUUCAUCUCUCUGCCCCACUUCCUCCAUGGCAGUCCGUACCUACGAGAUGCCGUAAAGGGCCUCAAUCCCAUCGAGGAGCACCACGUCACCUUCCUGGACGUGGAACCUACAACCGGGUUCACCUUGAGGUUUGCCAAGAGAAUUCAAGUGAACAUGAUGUACGGACCAUCAAAUGUCAUCACGGUGCUUAAGAAAGUCAAGGAUUAUACCAUAUUCCCUCUUGUUUGGAUGAACGAGACGGCUUUGUUGGAUGACGAAACGGCGGAGAUGAUUAAGGAGGAGCUGUUGUCCCGUAUCGAGUUAUUGGCGAUAGUAUGGAAAGCCCUGCUGGGCUCAGGUGUGGUCAUCUUCGCACUGUGUUCCAUCGCCUACUGUAUGGUGAAGAAGAAGUGACCAAAGCAAGCUUGUGUGCACGGAUGACGCAGCAGCAGUCGUUGUGUGUGAGCUGCAGAGCAAAGUGCAUUUAAGCUGCUACGGGACAUCAAACCUUUUGAUAUAGAGUUGCACUUUUUGUAAUUUCAGUGUUAUUAAUAAUGUCAUACUUCCUUUGAUCCCAGGGGGAGGAAGACUGUGAUUUUGUGAAGCUCAAGAGCUUUGCUCAGCAUUAUUUCAAUUACAAACACUGUAACAAUAACUGAAUCAGGGAUCUUUAGAGAGAGAGAGAGCAGACGGAGAAUCCUCUUAACUGUGUGGAUUAAUCCACGCAGAGGAGCGAUGGGUUUGUUUGAUAUCUUAUAAAAGAAACGUACAUGAAUCUAAUCUUUCGCAAA